AUGCCGUCGAAACCUUCCACACCGCGCCGACCGCCCACCGGCCGAAAACGGGGACGUCCCCCGGGGACUACGAAUGCCGCUCGCAUCGCGCGCGAGGUCGGCGAUUCCCCCGCACCACCUCCGUCUGGCCGAUCAGCGCGGGAGCACGCAACCCCUUCGGCAGCUCCUCAGACCGAACCACCGCCAAAGAGGAGGAGAUACAUACCCGGCGGCGCUGGCGGCGGCGGCCGCUUCAUCGAUGAUGACGGGACCCAGACGCCUAUAACAGUGCGCAGGCAGCCAAGGGAGCCGCGCACCGUAUCUGCCGUAGUACCGAGACGAGAAAGAAGCGCAAGGCUACGAACCGCUGCCGACCGAGACGAUAUGGAAUUUAGCUCGGCUGCCGCCGUUGCCGCGGCCGUUGCCGAGAACGAAGGUUACAAGCCCAGAGAGGAGCGAGGCUGGGAGGAGUUCCACCCGAAGCUCGAUAUUGAUGCCACAUUCAUGAUCUUCCGCUCCGAAGAAGUUGAUGGGAUCCCUCUUCCAGUCGCCAAAUCGCCCCCCAGAACCCCGGCUGCAGUCCGACCCUCGACGCCGAUGAACGGCUCCAAUACUCCUCUAAGAGAGAUGAAUCCGGCCUCGACCGGCAAUACCCCAGUCCCGACGACGAAUUCAUAUUUUGCGCUUCCCAUCAUCGGAAGCGAAUCACCACAAAAACGCCGGACGAGGCCGCCACGCGAAUCUGUUUCUUUCCUCAACCGAGACCUAGCUCCGGUGUCAACGCCACGAGUACCCCAGGUUCUGCCGAUUCGUAAUCAAACACCAAAGGAGCGCCUCGACCUCAAGGCACCAUCCUACCGUCGCUCAGACCAGGUGGAACAGUUCGAGAGCAAGAGCUUUGGCCAGGCGAGAUACGUCGACAAGUCAAUGAUGAAUGUAGGCUACCAGGAGACCGAUCGCUACAUCCGACCUGAAGGCAGGCUCAUCAAGGCAGCCGAGCCGAACCUGGAAGAAGAUCUCGAACUGGCGGUUGUCAAGCCCGAUGGCGAUGCACAUCCAACUUCUGGCACCAACGUAGGACGCGUCGAGUACGACAUGGACGAGCAAGAUGACCAGUGGCUGGAGGUUUAUAACAAGGAACAGCGCAAGGGCCACGAGCUGGAGCCGAUCACCCGUGAGGUGUUUGAGAUUGCCAUUACCAAGAUCGAAAAAGAGUGGCACGCGUUGGAAAAGCGGAUACCGAAACCAAACCCCAAACCUCCCCAGACUCAUCGGCCACGGUCGAGUUCGGCGGCAGCGGUCAAUGGCGAGCCCCAGGUCGGAGAGGAGCAAGACAGCAAGUGCGCAAUUUGCGACGAUGGCGACUGCGAAAACACCAACGCGAUUGUGUUCUGCGACGGUUGCGAUCUUGCUGUCCAUCAGGAGUGCUAUGGUGUACCUUUCAUCCCUGAAGGGCAGUGGCUCUGCAGAAAGUGCCAGCUUAUUGGGCGUGGCAUUCCAACAUGCAUUUUCUGCCCUAACACAGACGGAGCCUUUAAGCAGACCAACUCCUCAAAAUGGGCUCAUCUUCUCUGCGCCAUGUGGAUUCCGGAAGUGUCCUUGGGAAAUGCCACCUUUAUGGAGCCAGUCAUGGACGUGGAGAAGGUACCCAAGACCCGCUGGAAGCUGAGUUGCUACAUCUGCAAUCAAAAGAUGGGUGCCUGCAUCCAAUGCAGCAACAAGUCUUGCUACCAAGCUUUCCACGUAACCUGUGCGCGGCGGUCGCGGCUCUUCCUUAAGAUGAAGAACAGCCAUGGGGCCCUCGCAGUUCUCGAUAGUAACAUGGUACUGAAGGCUUUCUGCGACAAGCACUGCCCGCCGGACUAUGCCAAAGAUAACGGAGUGGCCCAAGCAGCGCGGGAAGCUAAGAAGUUCUACAAGCGCGCAAUGAAGGGACGCAUCUGGGCGGACAGCCAAGCAACAGCACAUGCCUUAGCUGCAAACCACCGCCAUGCGCUGACGGAACACCCACCGGACGAAAGCCAAAUGACUGGAGCCAAGUUCGCAUCCUACGUAGGCGGUGACAAGAAGAAGGGCCAGCCCGGGAAGCAGAUUUGGAAGUUACCUUCAGGUGCUCCCAUUAUCCCUCAGGCUGUAUUCGAAAUUGUCGAACAAGCGCUGUCUCGAUUCCCAUUCCGAAAGCGCAAGGACUUUGUCAGCGAGGCGUGCCGCUAUUGGACGCUGAAGCGCGAGGCCCGCCGUGGCGCGGCGCUUCUCAAGCGUCUGCAGCUGCAAAUGGAGACCUUCUCAUCGAUGGAACUGACGAGGCGUAACUUUGCGCAAAUGGGGCCAUCUGGCAAGUCUCGGCUUACGCGGCGCGUUGAGUUCGCAGAGACGUUGCUCAAGGACCUCUGGGAACUAAAGCUUCUCUCGGAAAGCGUUGUGCAAAGGGAACAGGAGAAACUCGACGCUGCAGAGCUCGAGCAAGAGUUUGUGGACACUUGCUAUUUCCCAAUUGCUAAGCUUCUCGUACCGGUAGUCGAGAAGGCGAUAUUGUUAGUUCAUCUACCCGCCGCACCGACCUGGUUUGCUGACCAUGAUUCCAGCCUCGACAAGCACAUUUUCAAAGAAGGCCUUUUGGAGCUUCAGGAGAAACUUGAGCGCCGAUUCUACACCAACACCCUCGUCUUCACUCAUGAUCUCUGUGAAGUAAUCAACGUUGGCAUUAAUACCGAGCCUCAACAUAGCGAGAGCGCCUCCCAGGGCGGCGCUCUUUCACCCGUCAAGCAAAACUUCCACGACCCAAGACAAAGAAAGGCACUUGGAAAACGAAUACUCAAGGCUGUCCAGGCACAGCUGGAGACGGCUCUGAAGACAGAAGCCGAGAUCACGCACAAGCCCUACGACACGCUGGCCAAAGAAUUUGAGGGCAUGCUCGAAGCUAGUAUUGAAUUCCGCCAGCCAUCAAUCAUAGUCUCGCAUACGGAAGAGAGCACCGAGCCCAGCCAAGACACCAUUAUGGUGGAUGCUGCGAACGAGCAGAUCACUGUGGCUAGCGAUAACGAUGCAAAAGCCGAAGAGGAGCCAGCCGCUGAUGGCGACGAAAUGGACGUGGAUGCCGAAGGCGAAGAUGACGAUGAGGGUAACAUAGAAGUCAACACUUCAACCCUCGGGAAACCCAGCGAGGUACACUCGUCAAGCUCCUCGAUUGCUGGGCACGAGGGCAACGGCAAGGCAGCAGUGAAGACGGAAGGUUCGUUGGCCUCCACCAUGCAGCCCUCGGACACGCCGCCCGAAACCGACGACUAUGUCCCCGUCACCAGACCGGCGCAACCAGCUCCACCGACGCCCCCGCAAUCCAACGGCAGUCUGGGCAACGAGUCCACGGAUCCGUUAUCCGAAGGUGGCGUGCCGUGGUACUUUUCUGACUUCAAGCCCAAGGGCACCACCAUUAUCGAGGAACAGUGGACGGGUCGCGAGGCUCUCCGCAGUCUCAGCGAGGACCUUACCGACAUGGACGAUCAGGAGCUCGAAGGCCUCGCUUUCGACGUCGAAGACAGUACCAUCACGGCGUCGCCCACCGUCAACGACGAGGUCACAGCGGACACCAUCGUCAGCAAGGCCAAGUCCAACAGCAAAGUGCGCAAACGUACGAGUGCCCGAGCCUCGGCCAGAAGGAGAUGA